GUUUGUGGAACUAACAGCAUCAUUCACUAAGGCGUUGUGCUUCAAUUGACAUUGGAAAUUGAAAAGAUAUAUCUAGAAAAAUGAAGUUUUCAAUUGUUUUCAUGAUGUUGAUGACGGUGCUUGCAGUAUUUGUUGGUCAGAGCAGCGCAGCUCCUAAAAUUAAUGUAAACGCGUUAAGAAAGGGAGGCAGAGCACUCAAAAAGGGUCUCGGAAUAAUCGGCGCUGCUGGCACUGCUCACGAAGUGUAUAAUCACAUUCGCAACAGAAAGCAUUGAUGUUCAAAAAGAUUGUAUGUAAAAAAAACGAUUAUGUAUUAUUUUAUUAAUUUAAGAAGCACUGUAUUGUUAUUAUAUUAUUAUUAUAUUGUAUCUUAAACCAAAACAAAUAAAAAUAAACUGUUUCUCUCUUAUAAGUGUCAAAUGCAAAAUAAACUGUUUCUUUCCACGUAAUCACAAUGUUAUGAAAA